AUGUGCCGACACAUUAUUUUCAGCGGACAGUGCACCCAAUGCCACGAACACUUUACGUGGCGCGAGUUCUCGCAGGAGCUGAGCUGCCUCGAGGCUAAGAACGCCGGCGUGUUUGGUCUGUGCCGGCGCGGCAUCAUGGAGGACGAGCAGCAGUUUGACCUGGAGUGCGCCAUGUGCGAAGCCGCGAUGGAGCGAGAUGGAAGCAACCCGGACACUGAAGACGGGCAGGAGGGGGCGCAGAAGAUCCAACCCGCUGCCGAGGCAGAGACCAGCGGCAAGACUAACGACAAGACGGAUGCUAAGACGGAUGCUAAGACGGAACGCAAACAGGCUGUCAGCGACGCCGAAAAGGACGGCCGACAGCACAAGAAGCGGCGGACUUCUUGA